UAUAUGCGUGCGUGCGUCGUCUCUCCUGCUGCUCAUCACCGUUGUUCUUGUUUCGCCCCCGACGGCUAGACGAUGGCAGCAGCCGGUCUCAAGCUCGCCGCCCUGUGCCUGCUCUUCCUCGUCGCCGUCUCCUCCCUCCCUCUGCUCGCCCGCGCCGAGUGCGAGUGCGAGGCCGGCGGCGAGGAGGAGGAGCAGGACAAGGCGGGCUCGCUGAGGCUCAGGAUCAUCGCCGUCUUCUGCAUCCUCGUGGCCAGCGCGGCGGGCUGCGCCAUCCCGUCGCUGGGCCGGAGGUUCCCGGCGCUGAGCCCGGACAGGGACCUCUUCUUCGGCGUCAAGGCCUUCGCGGCGGGGGUCAUCCUCGCCACCUCCUUCGUGCACAUCCUCCCGGAGGCCUUCGAGCGGCUCGGCUCGCCCUGCCUCGUCGACGGGCCGUGGCAGAAGUUCCCGUUCGCCGGCCUCGUCGCCAUGCUCGCGGCCAUCGCCACGCUCGUCGUCGACACCAUCGCCACGGGCUACUUCCAGCGCGCCGCGCACGCCAAGAAGGCCGCGGCCGUCGUCGGGGCCGACGACGUGGAGGCCACGCCGGCCCAUCACGCGCACGUUGGUCACUCCCACGGCGUGUCGGCCGUCGUCGCGUCAUCGGCGGCGGCGUCCGACGACGGCGGCGCGCAGCUCAUCCGCCAGCGUGUCAUCUCGCAGGUGCUGGAGCUGGGGAUCAUAGUGCACUCGGUGAUCAUCGGCAUGUCUCUCGGCGCCUCCCAGAGCACCAGCACGAUCAGACCACUCGUGGUCGCGCUAACUUUCCAUCAGUUCUUCGAGGGGAUAGGGCUCGGAGGAUGCAUCGUUCAGGCCAAAUUCCGCCUGAAGUCCGUGCUGCUGAUGGCGCUCUUCUUCUCACUCACCACGCCGGUCGGCGUCGUGAUCGGCAUCGGGAUAUCCUCCGUCUACGACGAGAACAGCCCCAACACCCUGAUCAUCCAAGGGAUGCUCAGCGCCGCCGCCGCCGGAAUCCUCAACUACAUGGCCCUCGUCGACCUCCUCGCGGAAGACUUCAUGAACCCUAGGGUGCAGGGCAACGGAAGGCUGCAGGUCAUCGUAAACCUCUCCUUGCUGCUUGGGACGGCUCUCAUGUCCAUGCUUGCCAUAUGGGCCUGAGAUAUCGUCCUCACCUGAAAAAAAAUCGUUUUGAAGAAUUUCUCUUGUUCUUGUUCUUGGUUCAGUCAUCUUGUGGGGGGGCAUAGUGAGGUUUUUUUGGUUGCUUGCUAGUAAAAAUGUAUACAUGUAUAGUAGAUCAAACUAUCAAACUACAUGGGGGUCUGGUCUUCCCUUCUUCCGCA